CCGCACCCCUGCUCCUGCUACGUGCCCACCGAGGUCCACUGCACGUUCCGGUCCUUGGCAGCCGUGCCCGCGGGCAUCGCCAACCACGUGGAGAGGAUCAACCUGGGGUUUAACAGCAUCCAGGCCUUGUCGGAGACCGCGUUCGCGGGGCUGACCCAGCUGGAGCUACUGAUGCUACACGGCAACAACAUCCCCAGCAUCCCGGACGGGGCGCUCAGGGACCUCCGCUCCCUCCAGGUCUUCAAGUUCAGCUACAACAAGCUGCGGGUCCUCACCGCCCACACCCUGCGGGGCCUGCGGAGCCUGGUCCGGCUGCACCUGGACCACAACCAGCUGGAAUUCCUGCACCCGCGGGCCUUCCUGGGCCUCACGUCCCUGCGGCUGCUGCACCUGGAGGGCAACCUGCUCCAGCAGCUGCACCCGGGCACCUUCGCCACCCUCACCCUCCUGGACCACUUCCCGCUCUCCAACGUGCGGCACCUCUACCUGGCGGAGAACCGGCUGCGGGGGAUCCUCAAAUGCAAGAAAGACAAGGCCUACGAGGGCGGCCAGCUCUGCGCCACCUGCUCCAGCCCCACCGCGUUGCGCGGACGCGAGAUCCACGCCCUCGGGGGCAUCCCCUGUGCGAGACCGUCCAUCGUGUCCCCUCUGAGGCCCAACGCGACCCUCAGCAGUGCCGAGGAGGAGUGGGCCAUCGCGCUGAACAUGACGGACGAACAUGGCAACACGGUGAGCCUGGCCUGCGAGAUCAGGAGGCCGUCGGGCCUGGGCCGGAUCCAGCUGAACCAGACCGAUUCCCACGGCCUGGACGUCAACGCCACGGUCGCCCUGGACCUGGAGUGCCCCAUGACACGGGAGAACUACGAGAAGCUGUGGAAGCUCAUCGCCUACUACAGCGAGGUGCCCGUCACGCUGCACCGGGAGCCCGUGCCCGGCCCAGACGCCGGAGUCCUGCUGUCCUACCGAUCUCGGUUCUCCUUCACUGUGUCGGGCGCGGACGCCGGGCGGUCUCGCGGACGCAGCUGGGUCAUGAUCGAGCCUGGGCGAGACGUGCGGAGGGCCCAGACGGUCCUCGAAGGGUCUCCGUGCCAGCUCAGCUGCAACGUGAAGGCGUCUGAGAGCCCCUCCAUCUCCUGGGUGCUCCCCGACGGCUCGGUGCUGAAGGCGCCCACGGACGAGCCGGGCGGCAGGUUCUCCAUCCUGACCAGCGGCUGGCUGAGGAUAAAAUCGGCGGAGCGGGCCGACUCGGGCGUCUACCAGUGCGUGGCCCGGGUGACGGAUGAGACGGACAGCCUGGCGUACAGGGUCCUCGUGCAGCCUCGCGCCGUGCGGCCCACGGAGGGACACGUGGUGACCGUCGCAAAGAACCCCGGGGAGCCCCUGGCGCUGCCUUGCCAGGCGCUGGCCAUCCCCGAAGCCCAGCUCAGCUGGAUUCUUCCCAACCAGAGGAUCGUCAACGAGUUGGCCAACACGUCCCACGCCUACGUCUUGCCCAACGGGACGCUAUCCAUCCCCGAGGUCCGCGUCGGCGACGGAGGCUACUAUCGAUGCGUCGCGGUCAACCAGCAAGGGGCCGACCAGUUCACGGUGGGGGUCACCGUGAGCAGGAAAGGGUCGGGCAGGGCGUCCAAAAGGGGCCGACGCCCGGGUGGGAAGGCCCUGGCCAGGCCCAGAGGGGAUGUCGUCGAGGACGAAGGGGGCUCGGGCGUCGGCGGGGACGAUACCCCGUCGUCGAGCAGAGUCCUGCAUCCAAAGGACCGGAAGGUGUUCCUCCACCCGAAGGAGGACCCCGAAACCAAGAAGGGGCGAAGGAAGCCGAAACCCUGGAAGCACGCCGAGAGGGAGCCCGAAGCCAACGUCGCUGAGGGCCGCAGGGCCUUCGAGUCCCGACGCAGGGUCAACAUGGCCAGCAAGCAGAUCAACCCCGACCACUGGGCGGAUAUCUUAGCCCGAGUCCGCGGGAGGAACGUCCCCAAGGGCACGGGAGGGCCCGAGACGACAGCCAGUGCUGAGGAAUUCUCGGCGGAUGCUCUGUCUUUUGGGGAGGAAGAGCCCGUUUCCAGGACUGCUUCCGCCGCCGGGAGGAGGCCCGACCGAGGCCAGGCUGGCGUCCUCACGGCUGAAGCCAACGCGACCGGCUCUGAUCUGCAAGAAUCCGAUGAUGGUGAGUUUUCUGCAAAGACCCGGGGUCUACCUCGGAUGGCCGUGGACUCCCAGUGGACCGUGGCCACCACAGGGACGUCGGAUGUCCCUUACGAAUCGUCGACGCCACAGAUCCUGGACCCGACCUACGAGGAGUCCACCAGUGAUCACGUUCCGACGGACAACUGGUCUACCGUAGACGUUGGAACCAACAUCACCACGGACAACUGGUCUACCGUAGGCGUCGGAACCAACAUCGCCAGGGACAACUGGUCUACCGUAGACAUUGGGCCCAUGUUGGAGCCUACAUCCCCUGAGAAUGCGUCUCCCUCGGUGGCCACCUCCUGGGGCGAAUCGGACCUCAUGCCAUCCAUGGACCCAGAAUUGGAUGAGGAUAAGACGGAAGGACAGGCGUCCAGGCUUGACGCUCCAACGCCCACCUUGUCCGUGGUUGAGUCCGGGCCAUCAGAGCGAUCCGGCGAUCUCGCAACACGGGGACACAAAGAGGAAGAAACGGACGUCCCCCAGUUCGUGAGCCAUGGCUUCAGCCCUCAAGGCAACCCGUGGAUUACAAAGGGCACAGAGGAGAACCCUCGGAAGCUUCCGAAAGGAGACACGCCGGAGACAGUGCCCACAAGCUCCCGUGGAUCCGAGAGGAAGCGUCAGGGCGCUGAGUCUGUCGAACCGACCACGUCGCUUGGCUCUCUAGUUGACGAGGGCACCGUUGCCGUCGGCACCAUCGCGCCCACCCCAGAGGUCACCUGGCCAUCCGCGCCCACCACCGCUCCCCCUUCCCGCAAAAGGCCCCACGGGAGGAGGAGGCCGAGGCCCCACAGAUUCCGGCACCGGCAUAAGCCAACCCCACCCUCGACGUUCGCCCCCACGGGGACCUUCUCAGCUGGACCCGCUCACGUACCCGGAGCCAAGACCCCCGAGCGAGUGAAUGGUUCGCUGGUUCCUACCUCUUGGGGGGAGAGUACGGUUGGGAUCCCCAAACAGGGGGACCUGGUAACCAAGGGGACCCCACGGAGGAAGCACGGUAGGAGGCCAAACAAACACCGAUAUGGCACCUCGACAGCGAGCCCCACGGCCUCGACAACCCAGCCCAGCCCGUCUUCGGAUGUUACCACUCCCCGUCCGUUAACGGCCCUGGUGUCUACAACCGUCUCCCAGAGAAUUGGGGACCCCCCUGAGACCACUAGAGUGGCAGAAUAUAGGACCACCACCCCCAAGAUGCACGUAUCUCGCCAUGCAACCCAAGAGACCACGCCAGCCACAGAUACGCCCGUAUCGGAUGGAAAGGAAACGGAGGAUUCGAGUGUCUACAGCGUCCAUGACAACAUACGUGAGUCUGUCAUUGAUGGCACAUCACCUUCUGGCUUCCAGGUCCCCACCGCGGGAGAAAUUAAGAAAGAAUCCCGUCCUUCCAGCGUCCCAGGAACGGAGAGCUGGACUCCACCGAGGACAGCCCCUCCUGGGGGUCCGCAGACAGACACCCCCGUGCCCCCCUCUUUGGAGACCCUCACGCACCCCUCAUCCUUUUCCCAAGAGUCGGGGGACCUGGAUCUCCCCUCUGAUAUCCCCCCUUCCGUGGUGCUCUCUACACGGGAAGACGUUGUUGCUUCCACUACUCAGAUCACAGAUGUUGAGGAGACUUCACGUUGGACCGGAUCCACCAACCGUGGCCGGGAUCCUCACGAAACCACCCCGGCUCCCGUGUAUCCUGCAACGCGACCCCAGCACCCCGUCCUCACUCCGGCCCCCGUGGGGGAUUCAGCGACCCCGUUCGCACCCACGAGUCUCCUGGAUCUGGAGCCAACCACCACCACCGAGCCCGCCCAUCUCACCUCAAGCCCGCCACCUCCAACGUCAACGGGUUCCAAGGACCACGUCUCCCUCAAUUCCGUGGGGGGCCCCGAACCCCAAACUGCCCCCGCGAAGAAGGAGGAGGUGACCCAGCACCCGUGGUGGCGAGGAAACGAAUUAUCCACCCCCUCACCCAAGAGGGAUCCAUUUCACGUCACCCCGAAGCAGGGGGUCGAGAAGGAAGUCUUAGACGAGAGGACGAAGGACAUCGUUCUACGCGGCCCCGAUGGUCACCACCACCACCCAGGUGGGAGAGUCCAAAUUCUCCACCAACCGGCCAGAGUCCCCCCAAGAGGGACGACGAGGCCACCCCACGGGACCACCCAAAGCCCCUUCAGAUACCUCGCGACGUUCCAGCCCCCUCGUCCCGGGACCAACAAGCCGGGCAUCACCGCGUACCCCUCGAGGGCUUUGUCGGACAACAAGCCCUGGACGACGACAACGUCCUCCAGCCCGACCACCGUGGGCCCGUGGCGCACGGCCACGCCUCACAAGGUCACGGACCAUGGGACGGACCGAUUCCACGGCCACGCUAGAGUGUUUGGACACAACAACAUCCCGGAUCUGAGAGACCCCGUGGGCCGGCUGCCCAACGCAAGGGUCCCUCAUCACUUCGACGGGAGAUUCCCUUUCUUCUCCCACAACCGGACCUUCUCUUUCCCACAGUUGGGCGUCACCCCGAAGACCCAGCCCCCCACCUCUCCCGCCCCAGGGCUGAGAGACAGAGCCGUCAACCCGGGUGCCUACAAUCGGAUCCACACUCAAACCAUCACCCACGUGGACUUUGGCCCGCCAGCCCCCCCGUCACUGCCCCGUCCCAGGACCGUGGCCCCAAUCUCCACCCACAUCCAGAACAUCCCGGUGGUCUACCCCACCCGGAACGCCAUCCCCUUCGUGACCUCCCCUGGCCCUCCUUCCGGAAGCUUCCAUCCGAGCGGCUCCAAGCUCUUCUCCGCGGGGGGACCGCCGGCGUCCAAAUUCUGGGCCCUUGGAGAGAAGCCACAGAUCAUCACCAAGUCCCCCCAGACUGUGACCGUCACGGCUGAGACCGACGUCGCGAUCCCGUGCGAGGCCACGGGGAAGCCCCAGCCUUUCGUUACCUGGACCAAGGUUUCUACAGGCGCCCUCAUGACGCCCAACACCCGCGUCCAGCGCUUCGAGGUCCUGAAGAACGGAACCUUCGUCAUCCGCCAGGUCCAAGUCCAAGACCGCGGCCAGUACGUGUGCACCGCCCAGAACCUGCACGGGGUGGACCGGCGCGCGGUCCUGCUCUCUGUGUCGGUCCAGCAGCCCCAGAUCCUCGCCUCCCACUACCAGGACGUCACCGUCUACCUGGGGGACACCAUCGCCAUGGAGUGCUUGGCCAGGGGCACCCCCGCGCCCCAGAUCUCCUGGAUCUUCCCGGACCGCAGGGUGUGGCACGCCGUGUCCCCCGUGGAGGGCCGGGUCACGCUGCACGAGAACCGCACCCUCUCCAUCAAAGAGGCCUCCUUUGCCGACCGCGGCGUGUACAAGUGCGUCGCCAGCAACGCGAGGACCAACGUGCACUACGGCGGGACGCUCCGGCUGGACUGCAGCGCCUCGGGGGACCCCUGGCCGCGCAUCCUGUGGAGGCUGCCCUCCAAGCAGAUGAUCGACACCUUCUUCAGCUUGGACCCCCGCGUCCGGGUCUUCGCCAAUGGGACCCUGGUGGUCAACUCCGUCACCGACAGAGACGCGGGCGACUAUCUGUGCGUCGCCCGCAACAAGGUGGGCGACGACUUCGUCGUCCUGCGGGUCAACGUGGUCAUGAGGCCCGCCAAGAUCGAGCAGCGGGAAGCCAACGACCACCGGGUCCUCUACGGGGGCGACCUCAAGGUGGACUGCGUGGCCUCGGGCCUCCCCAACCCCGAGAUCUCCUGGAGCCUCCCCGACGGAAGCCUGGUCAACUCCCUCCUGCAGUCGGACGACAGCGGCGCCCGCACCAAACGCUACGUGGUCUUCAACAACGGCACCCUCUACUUCAACGAGGUCGGCCUGCGCGAGGAAGGCGACUACACCUGUGUGGCCGAGAACCAGGUGGGCAAGGACGAGAUGACCGUGCGCGUCAAGGCCCUGACCGCGCCCCCCGCCAUCAGGAACAAGAACAAGACGGAUGCGAUCGUCCGGGUCCCCUACGGCGAGGUGGCCACCGUGGCCUGCGAGGCCAAGGGGGAGCCCCCGCCCAAGAUCACCUGGUUGUCCCCCACCAACAAGCUCAUCCCGGGCUCCUCGGACAAGUAUCAGAUCUACCAGGACGGUACCCUCCUCAUCCAGAAAGCCCAGCGCUCCGACAGCGGCAACUACACGUGCGUGGCGCGCAACACGGCCGGCGAGGACCGCAAGGCGGUGUGGGUCCAAGUCCACGUCCAGGCCCCCCGGAUUAACGGGAUCCCCGAGGUCUUCUGGGCGUUCCCCGAGGGGGUCGUCCUGCCCGCGCCUUACUUCGGCAACCGGGUGACCAUCCACCGCAACGGGACGCUGGACAUCAAGAGCCUGAGGAGGAGCGAUUCGGUCCAGCUGACCUGCAUCGGGCGCAACGAAGGCGGCGAGGCCAAGAUGAUGGUGCAGCUCACGGUCCUGGAGGCCACGCAGAGGCCAGGGUUCCACGACCCCGUCAACGAGAAGAUCGUGGCCGCGGCCGGCCACACCAUCAGCCUCAACUGCUCGGCGUUCGGCACCCCGACACCCACGCUGGGGAUCCAAACCCGGGGGCGCACGUCCCUGUGGGACAACGGCACCCUCACCGUGCGGGAGGCGUCCGUGUUCGACCGGGGGACCUACGUGUGCAAGGCGGACACGGAGUACGGCCCGUCCGUGGUCACCUUCCCGGUCAUCGUCAUCGCCUACCCGCCCCGGAUCACCAGCGAGCCCACGCCCGUCAUCUACACGCGCCCAGGCAGCACCGUGAAGAUGAACUGCAUGGCCAUGGGGCUCCCCAAAGCCGAGAUCACCUGGGAGCUCCCCGACAGGUCCCACCUGACCGCUGGCACCCAGGCGCGCCUGUACGGACACAGGUUCCUUCACCCACAGGGGUCCCUGACCAUCCAACAGGCCACCCAGAGGGACGCGGGCUUCUACAAGUGCACGGCCAAGAACAUCCUGGGGACGGACUCCAAGACCACCUACAUCCACGUCUAUUGAGACAGGAAGCCACGCCGAGCCGGUGUGGCUCA